AUGUCUCCUAAUUCAUGGGUUUUUGACGAGACUCCAUUACCAAGACUCGGCUUUCUCGGCCAAGGCACCCAUGGCUACGUCUCCCUGGUUCGAACCCCCGAUGGACUCCUCAUGGCUAAGAAAACAUCUCUCCGCAAAUACUCGGAGGAUCUCGAGAAAGAGUUGAGGAUAUUGCAUCACUUCUACGCAACCAAAUUCAACACCGUAAGACCCACAAGCCCUAUUAUCUUCAACGAAACAAUGCCAGUCAAUGUCAAGGUGACUUCCAUCUACAUGGAAGUCGCACCACAUGGCUCACUCAAAGACAUGAUUACCAAAGCCGAGAAUGUCCUUAUCUUCCCGAGCUAUGCUCAAGGAGAGCUUUGUGAUCUGAAACUUGCAGAUUUCGGUUUAGCUAAGGAGCCUAACGGACCUGAUCCAGCGCCUGGAUCUUUGUUCGAGGGAACUCCGGAGUAUUUGGCUCCUGAGGCAGUCGGGCCACGUGGAAGGAUCUCGUCGGCCAUUGAUAUUUGGUCCUUAGGUGUUAUGGUGCUUGACAUGUUGGGGUUUACUAUUGUAGGGGAAGUAUGUGAUUGCUUGCCGGAGACACUAUCGCCGAUGGCUCGUGACUUUGUGAGGAGAUGCAGAGUGAGGACUCCGACGGCUAGAGCCACCGCGGAGGAGCUAAUGGGCCACCCUUUUCUUACACAAAGUCUUGAGGUUCCACCGCUUGAACUGCUUCCGGUGCCUUCUUGCUUACGUAAUGGGGUGGUUGAAGGAAGGUUUUUUUAG